AUGAGCUCUCAUAAAUGUGACAACCUGCCGGCCUCGAUCUCCAAUUGCCUAUGCUGUGUAUUCAGCCUCACCUACGCCAAGACCGGCGCCGCCAUCGUCCGCCUGCCCCAAGCCACCGCAUUCCAGGUCUUCGACCAGAAGACCCUCCACCUGCUCGAGCCCCGCUACGCCACCUCCAAGCCCAUCCAUGCCGACACGCUACCGGAGCUGGCCCAAAAGAUGGGGGUCGAUGCGGCCAACUUCGCCGAGACGAUCCGCCAGUACAACGCCGCCACGCCCCACGAUGCGGUGGAGAAGUUCAAUGCCUUCGCGCUCGAUCAUGUUUCGACGGGCACUGCGUUGGCAAUUCCGAAGAGUAACUGGGCGCUGCCCAUUGACCAGGGCCCGUAUGUGGCCUACGGCGUGACGUGCGGUAUCACGUUCACCUACGGCGGACUGCGCACGGACGAUGCAGCGCACGUCUUGAACGAGGAGGGGCUUGUGAUGCCGGGUCUCUGGGCGGUUGGGGAGAUCGCUGGCGGCUUCUUUGCCUUCAAUUAUCCUGGAGGCUCGGGGUUGACCAAGGGAGCGGUCUUUGGCAAGAUUGCCGGCGAGGCGGCGGCUGAGCGGGCGAAGACCCUCCGUGGCUGA